AUGAGCCACUGGAUCGCAACUCUUCUCGCCUUUGUUCUUUUCGCCAACGCGUUCGCCGCACUCACCACCGGAGCAGAUGUUGGCUCUGCGGAUGACGUCGCCUCGUACGUCUCACCAUUCUACGGAAUGGAGAAGAAGUGGUCUCGCCGGGAGCCAAGUAUCAGGUUCUUCAAGAGGAACAACGGAGGACAGGAUGUUCCACCAUCUCGGUUCCUGUGGGACUACUGA